CACAAAUUUCUAUCAAUAUAAAUAUUUUUAUAAUUUUUUUAUAACAUAUUUAAUCAAUAUUGAUCAAACUCUUUUUUUCCUACAUUCUCAAUAAGAUUAAUUCAUUCCAUAAUAAAUGAGCAAUUUCAAAUUCAAAGUAAUCUCAACUUCUUCACUCACCUAUUUAAUUCUUCAUCCAAAAUAAUUCAUACUUGAUUCUUUCAUCAUACUUGCAUGCAAACAUUAAGUCUAUGAUAUCACAAAUCUCCAUCCAUUAUACAAUCCAUCAAUCCAAGCAUUCAUGACCAGCAACAAAUUCCUCAACAAUUCCAAAUUCAAGGUAACAAUCCCAAGUCCUUCACCAACAUUAUACGUCACUGUCGCGAGAUAUUGAUCUCCGGAAACAUCCGCGCAACCAGUUGAGCACCGCGAUUGCCAACUCACCCUCUCCACAAGCUUUCAUCAAGGGGCGGUUCCAAUUCAAACCAAUCGCAUCGCAGCUUUAGUCUCCCUUAGCAAGCCUUCAACGUCCCGCCCUCGAUUCUCACCCUCUAGUCGAUCGUCGUUCGCGGCGCAGGUGGGUGGGGAAUGAUUUUCACUGUCGAUGCGGUGGCUGGCAUCAAAAAAGCCUGAGAGUUCGGGCCGCUGACACGUAUCAACUGUCACGUAUCGUCCAGUACUGUACCAGUCAAGCUCAAGAACCGAAAACCCUUCGUGGUUAUACGGAAUAAUCAAAAAAGAGACAAAGUUCGCGUCAGGAUGGUAUCAAACGGAGGACCGAAAUUUCAUUGGGCUUGGAAGUCCGUCAGGAUGGCUCGAGUUGACCAUGGGAUCCUUUCUUGAGACUUGUCACCACGUCGAAGGACGGGAGAGGGUUGAACGAUCGGGAAUGACUCGAUCUCGAGGACGCUCGAUUUUGUGAACUCGGAUUUCUAUUUGUGUCUUUUCGACAAACGGUGAAAUCGAAGACAUCUAUGGACAGAUUACACUUGUUGUUUCUUCGAAAUUAUUAACUUGGAUCUUGGUGACUGAGGAGAGACUUUUUGACGUGAAGUCGAAGCAUAGAUCUACAAAAAUAGAUUUGUAUUAUUGAAAUUGUGAAUUUAGAUCUUGGUGACUAGAGAGAUUUUUAGACUUGGAAUAUAGAUGUAUGAAACAAGUUAUACUUGUUGUAUUAUUGAAAUUGUGAACUUGGAUCUUGGUGACCAAAGAGACCCUUAGACUUGGAUAAAUGUGGAGAUUGAUAUAGAGAUUUGGAUAGGUUGUUAUUUCAUUGAUAUUUGUGAAUUUGGAUUCUGAUGACUUGGAACUUUUUGACGGCCUGGAAGGAAUCACAGGGAUUAAAGUUGAUUCUUUAAAGAUUAUUGAAAAAGAAAAGGAGAGAAUUAAAGGAGGAAAAAAUUGUUGGAGAAGUGCAAAUAGUGAAAAAGUGGUGGGGAGACUGAGGAAUUGAGAGCUCGAGGGCACAAGGAACCAUGUUGGAAUUCUACCCUCCGCUACCAGGUAGCUUGAACCGGCAGGGUGAGUCGGGUCCGCCGACUAUGGGAUCUGCUGCACCUCCGAUUCCAUUUCGUCCUGCAAAUGACAAUAACAAUGCAGAGCCGUCAGUAUCAGUGAAAACGGAAUCAGGCCUUUUGGAAACGAUCUGCGCCGGUUGCGGUCGUACGAUAGUCGACAAAUACGUGAUGCAAGUAGCUGGAAGAAACUACCACGAGGAAUGUCUGUCAUGCGCCGCGUGUGCAACACCUUUAAUUCAUUCUUGUUUCAUCCGCGAAUUAAAACUCUAUUGUCGGACCGAUUAUGAGCGGAUCUUUGGAGUCAAGUGUGCACGAUGCAUGGAGAAGAUCAGCUGCUCGGAUUUCGUGUUAAGGACACCGGGUUCGGUAUUUCACGUGGAGUGUUUUGCGUGUUGCAUGUGCGGCCAACCUUUGCCUCCUGGCGCCCAUUAUUUCCUACGUCAGGGACAACCGAUUUGCCGAAGAGAUUAUGAGCACGAGUUGUACCUGAACAGUCCUCAAGACGAUGAUUUAUUGGACGAUAAUAGACCUCGUGAUGGUCGUCGGGGGCCCAAACGACCACGGACGAUUCUUACAUCAGCGCAGAGACGUCAGUUCAAAGCGUCGUUUGAAGUAUCGCCGAAACCUUGUCGAAAAGUUCGUGAAGCUUUGGCGAAAGAUACAGGUCUUAGUGUACGUGUGGUGCAAGUAUGGUUUCAAAAUCAACGGGCGAAAAUGAAAAAGUUGCAAAGAAAAGCAAAGACUGAGCCUGGAUCAGAUAAAGAACCAAAGGAGGAACGUCGGACAGAAAGUCCUCAUAGUGAUCAUAGUCAUUACUUGAACGCCAUGAACAUGCGCGACGGGGAAUCUUCUGGUUUCCCCUCAGCCACUCAACCGCUCAACCCCAAUAACCCGUAUUCGCCCGACGAUGCGUAUCCAGGUCAUUCAGGUGAGAGUUUUUGCAGCAGUGAUCUGUCGUUGGAUGGCACAGAAGCUGGCUUCGAUAUAGGUGAGAACGAAAGUGGUGGUGGCCAAGAGGGUGGUCAUCAGAGUAGCAGCCACUCCCACCAUGGACCGACGUCUCACGAGGCGCCUUCCUUGUCUCAGAGUUUGCACGCUGCGAUUCAUAAUCCAAUCGACAAACUGUUUAUGAUGCAGAGUAGUUAUUUUAGUGGUGACCAUGCGUAAUCUUUGAGAGAGAAGAGGAAAACACGAGAAAAUGCGAAAUAAGAGAAAAAGAAAGGGAAAGAAAAGAAGAAAAUAAUGUUCUCCUCUUUUUCUCGUGACUGGUUCACCCUAACCCCAUCGGCGUAGCUGGUCCCUGCGCGUAAUCGAUGUGUCGUUAAUUGCAACACUUCCUGUCUUUUGGUUCGUGAUUUAAAAUGCAUGAAAAAGACUGUACAGCAUUCUUUUUUAAUUUAUUUUUCUUAGAUCUUAAAAUAGAUAGAUAUGUUUAGUCAUUUAUUAUAAAUUUUUAAGGA